AUGUUGUCCGUCACCUUUUUCAUAUUUGCUAUCUGCGAUGCAGUAUGGAUUGGUGAAGAGUACUGGACAACGGUCAGCAGUGAUGGUUCUUUGCUUGGCGAUCGAACCAUCAAAGACUUCCUGAUAUUUCACACUGCUCAUCUCAAAGUACCUAUGAGGAAAGCAUACGUCGCAUUUUGGGUAAUGUAUGAUGAACUUGGCCACUAUGAAACAUUUGGACAUGCAUAUUUGGUUCAAAAUGGAGUUUGUGCUCGCUUUGUGGAUCGUUAUCACAAGGCCAAAACGAUCUGCGGAGGUUUUCGUGUGCUUUCCAGAAGUAACAACAAUGGAAAUUUGGCAUUUAAAUUUGUGCAGGCUGGACAAGCUAACGUUCAUGAAGCAUUGGAAUAUCGAGGUAAACAGGCAGCCAAGAUCAUAAGUUGGACAAAGAAUGAAGUGUGGUACGGUAAUGCUUGCAUGAGGGAAGCAUUUGCCGAAGGUAUCGAUUAUGAAAAUAAAUAUUUCAAGAUAUCAUAUGUUAACGAUCCCUUCUCCUAUCAACAAAAUGUGUAUAUUCUCGUAAGCUGCAAUCCGGAUGAUCCGGAAGCCGGAAAGUCGCAAUACUAUGCAUAUUAUCAUGUUCCAGAAAAAGAAAAAGGUCGCAGUGAGCUAUUGCGGUUUGAUCAACAACAUCAGCGAACAUUACGUCAUAAACAACAGCUAAAUGAACAACAAAUUAAACGAGAACUACAAAACCGUGAAAAUGAAGGACAGUUUAGAUAUGAAUUGCGUCGGUAUCAGCAAAGAUAUCAAUUGGCAAACGAACGGCAACAAUUCUCGAUGGAUGAUGAACCCGACGAAAAAUGGAAAUUUUAUCAACACUCCCGACGACUUUAA